AUGAUGAAAUCGACCGAAGCAGCCACCAAAGUGAUUCUGAGCACAUUCGAUGGUAAACAGAGUACUGUUGGCCAGCUCCUGGCUCGAAUCAGAUGGGUACUCAACAAAUCUUCUAUUGCCGCGGCUCGCAGCUCGAUGAUCCUUUUUUACGCCAUGAUCAAUAUGUUUGUCAACUCAGUUAUCGUGGAAGCGCUGCUACACGAAAACAACGUUCUCAGAGAGAGAGGAGGUGUGUCUUCGAAAGAGAUAAUAGAGAAGUUGGACUUUUUUGGAAAGUUACUGAGAGGAGAUCGUGUUCGUGUCUGGGGGGCACUACAGCAGUGCCAGGAUCUUACGGUCAACAGAGCCGAGCUACAGAGUAUCGAACGAACGGCGAAAUACAUAGAUAGAAAGGCCAAACUGGUCAUCGGCGACCUUCCCUCACGGUCAACAAAGAAGACGAGAAGCGCUCACGCUGAUAAAAAGCCAAAAAUCGGUAACCGGCCAAGCCGCGCUGUGUCCUCAGCAGCGGAGGGUCUGGCACAGCCCAGCGAGUCUACCCGCAAACCAGAAGCUAAACCCGGGUACCUGGCUCUGGACCCUUCUUGCUCUGAUCUCUAUCUGCCGGCGGGUGGCAGCCAGGCACGCGGGAGCAAGCAGAGGCCAGCGGCCGAAGUACCGGCAAAAACAAGCCCAUCCACAGCUGCAUCGCAGCUCAAAAAUCGCCCCGCCGGAGCGGAAAGCGGCCGCAGCUUCAGGGAAAGAGAAGCGGUCAAUCUCCUCCCAAGCGGGAGAAAAGUGAUCCCAGAUGUAUCUCGAAGUAAGGGUGAGCAAGUGUCAUCCUCCAAGUCUACGAAUGUCGUUGAACAUGUGGCCACGAUGGACCGUGCGAGACUGAGCCCUCAGGAUACUUCCACAACAAAGAGGCGCAAGUCUGGGGGAGCAGCUCGCAUUCCCGAGGAUACACAGUCACUCGAGAAGAGAUAUGUUGCCUUUCUUGGCGCUGGCGACUCUGAGAGGUUGGCCCGCCGCCAGGAGCGACCUUUACAAGCGAGGGUGUCAUCAGUCGGCGAUGAUGAUGAUGAUGAGGAGGAGGAGGAGGAGGAGCAGAACAACAGCGAGCGAUAA